ACGUGACGUAGCUGUGGUUGAUGUAAAAUGGCGACUAUAGUGCGUUAGUCAAAACAAAAGUAACGAGUCCAGUAACAGAGACAUAGAGAAUUACCGUUUUCUCAAAGGAAAGAUCAACCCAAGUAUUAUUUGUUGGAUCUUACCAAGGUUCAGACAUGACCGAGCAGACCAGUGUCAGCACGGAAGGCAUCGUUGGGCUGGAUGAGCCCAAGAAGAUGACCAGGGAGGACUGGAGGAAGAAGAAGGAGCUGGAGGAGCAGAGGAAGCUGGGAAACGCUCCAGCUGAAGUUGACGAGGAGGGGAAGGACAUAAAUCCUCACAUCCCACAGUAUAUUUCAUCAGUGCCGUGGUAUAUCGACCCAUCCAAACGGCCCACACUAAAGCAUCAGAGACCACAGUCUGAAAAUGAAGCGCAAUACUCAGCAAUCGGAGAGUGGUAUAAGAGAGGAGUGCAAGAGAAUACUGUUACUACUAAAUAUCGUAAGGGAGCUUGUGAAAACUGUGGUGCCAUGACACACAAGAAGAAAGACUGCUUGGAGCGACCCAGAAAAGUUGGGGCGAAGUUCACAGGCACAGGCAUAGCUCCAGAUGAACAUUCUCAGGUCCAGCUUGACUUGGACUACGAUGGGAAGCGGGAUCGCUGGAAUGGAUACGAUCCUGAGGAACACGAGCGCAUCGUGGAAGAGUACGCCAAAGUAGACUUGGCCAAAAGGACUCUGAAGGCUCAGAAACUUCAGGAUGAGUUGGCCUCUGGAAAACUGGACCAAACUGAGUGGGAACAUGACAGUGAGGAUGAAGAUGAAGAUAAAUAUGCAGAUGACAUCGACAUGCCCGGUCAGAAUUUCGACUCCAAGAGACGAAUUACUGUCAGGAAUCUGCGUAUCAGAGAAGACACAGCUAAAUACUUGAGGAAUCUCGAUCCAAACUCUGCCUACUACGAUCCAAAGACUCGAGCUAUGAGAGAGAACCCAUACUCCAACACUGGCAUGAACCCUGACGAAGUGGGGUAUGCUGGAGACAACUUUGCUCGUUACAGUGGGGACACAAUCACCAUGGCUCAAACACAGUUGUUUGCCUGGGAGGCCUAUGAGAGAGGCUCAGAGGUGCAUCUGCAGGCUGACCCCACCAAGCUUGAGCUGCUCCACAAGUCCUUCAAGGUCAAGAAAGAGGACUUUAAAGAGGAACAGCGGGAGAGCAUCUUGGAGAAGUAUGGAGGUCAAAAGCACUUGGAUGCUCCGCCGCGGGAGCUGCUGUUGGCCCAGACGGAGGACUACGUGGAGUACUCUCGUCAUGGUGCUGUACUGAAAGGACUUGAGAAAGCCGUCGCCCGCUCCAAGUAUGAGGAGGACGUCCUCAUCAACAACCACACUUGUGUUUGGGGCUCUUACUGGAAAGAUGGCUGCUGGGGAUACAAGUGUUGUCACUCCAUGGUCAAACAGAGUUACUGCACAGGAGAGGCUGGAAUUGGAAUAAACAACUCAGAGUGUGUUCCAUUUGAAGAGGGACUCACUGAGCCACAGGAAGAAGAAGAGCCAAAAUCUCUGCUGGAGAUGCAUCGAGAUAAGAUGAUGAAAGACAAGAAGAAGAAAAAGAAGAGCAAAAAGAAUAAGAAGCGCGGCUCCGACAGCAGUGACUCAGAGGAUGAGGAGAAGAAGAAGGAGAAGCUGAAGAAGGCCCUUGAUGCAGAGGAUAAACGGGUGAAGCACAUAGAAGCAAUAAUGCAGUUGGAUGAGAGGAAGAGGCCAUACAGCAGCCUGCAGGAAGUGAAGGCACCCACCGAGGAGGAGAUGGAGGCCUUCCGCAUGAAGCGCUGCCGGCCAGAUGAUCCCAUGGCUUCCUUCCUGGGACAGUGACCUCCUCCUAUCUCUGCUGACUCCCUUAAACUCUCCCCAUGGACUUUACCAGAGCAGUUGUUCGGUGAAAAAAAUGUCUAAGAAAACUCGACUUUCUCUUAUAAACUUGGAACAGGAGCCUGUUGUUCAGUUGCAAAUGCUACAGAAACUGUGUGCAGUGUUAAUUUCAUUUUGCAAAUGAUUGCACACUACCAGUUAACUUACCACAGGACAAUAAUGAUGUGUGCUUUAGUUUGUAUUUACCCAUUUUCACUGAAAGAAAAAUGUAAAAAUGAAAAUUUCUGUAGAUUUUUAAAAUUUAUUUGUCAAAUACAAAAUGGAGCCGCCGUCAGUCUACUUUUACUGGGAUUAAUGCAUUUUUAUAAAUAAAACAUUUGUCUGAAUAUA